UCUCUUGUCUGUGUGAGCUUGUUGCUGCCAAAUUACUUUUGACCAGUUAUCGAAUCCAAGGCUUGAAUUAUUGUUUACAAUAGUGUCCUGACACACCAGAGAAACCAGGAAGCAUCUGUUCCUCCCUGAAGAGACGCAGGCUGAAAACCAGACGAUCACAUUCACCUUCCAAACCAAACUAAACCAAACGUCCUGAGUGAGUCCAGCUACAGGAGAGAAGAGUCAAACUACAACCUGCCGACGCUCCACACACUGACCCUUCACCUGGAGACUCAAUGGCUUCCAGAUCAGAAGAAGAUCUCUGCUGUCCUGUCUGCCAAGAUGUCUUCAGAGAUCCUGUUCUUCUGUCAUGUAGCCACAGCUUCUGUAAAGACUGUGUGAAGAGCUGGUGGAAAGACAAAGAAGUAAAAGAGUGUCCACUUUGUAAGAGAAGAUCUUCAAGGUCAGAACCACCUGUUAGCCUGGUGUUAAAGAACCUGUGUGAGACCUUCUUACAGGAGAGAAAUCAGAGCUCUUCACCUGCUCUCUGCAGUCUGCACCUAUUGAAACUCAGACUCUUCUGUGUGGACCAUCAGCAGCCAGUGUGUCUCGUCUGCAGAGAUUCAGAAAAACACACCAACCACACAAUCAGACCCAUCGAUGAAGCUGCACAACAACACAAGAAGCAGCUUCAGGAAACUCUGGAGCCCUUAAAAAAGAAGUUACAGAGUUUUGAACAUGUUAAAGUAGAGUUUGAACAAACAGCAGAACACAUUAAGGUCCAGGCCGGAUUCACAGAGGCACAGAUCAAGGAGCAGUUUAAAAAGCUUCAUCGGUUUCUGGAGGAGGAAGAGGAGGCCAGGAUGGCUGUACUGAGGGAGGAAGAGGAGCAGAAGAGUUGGAUGAUGAAGGAGAAGAUUGAGUCUCUGAGCAGAGACAUUACGGCUCUUUCAGACACAAUCAGAACCACAGAGGACGAGCUGAGAGCUGAAGACGUCUCGUUCCUGCUCAACUACAAGGCUGCAGUGGAACGAGUCCAGCAGCGCCCCCUGCUGGAUGAUCCACAGCUGGCCUCAGGAGCUCUGAUAGACGAGGCCAAACAUCUGGGCAACCUGAGCUUCAGCAUCUGGAACAAGAUGAAGGACCUGGUCUCCUACAGUCCUGUGGUUCUUGACCCAAACUCUGCUCAUCCAGAAUUCGUCCCGUCUGAAGAUCUGACAAGUUUGAGACGAGGAGAGAAACAGAAGCUUCCUGACAAUCCAGAGAGGUUUGAUGAAUUCAUCUUAGUCCUGGGAUCUGAGGGUUUUAACUCAGGGACCCACAGCUGGGACGUCCUGGUUGAAGACGGUACAAACUGGGAACUGGGUGUGUUAGCCGAAUGUGCCCAGAGGAAGGGAAGAAAUUCGUCUGGAUACUGGAGAAUAUGGUUCCUUGCAGGUAAAUACACAGCAGUGUCACCAUCAGGAAGAUCUGUUCUCUCUGUGCAGAAGAUCCAGAGGAUCAGAGUGAAACUGGACUGGAACAGCGGAGAACUGUCGUUCUCUGAUCCUGAUACUAACGAACACAUUCACACCUUCACGCACACUUUUACUGAGAAGAUGUUUCCAUACUUUCACACUAGAGGUCACUUGAAGCUGUUACCUGUGAAAGUCUCUGUGACGCUGGAUCAGAGCAGUUAGAGAUAAAGAUUUUAUUCAUCUUGUUUAUUUCUUCAAGAGAAAUCUGCUGAAUUCAAAUGUUAAACUCGUUAUUCUAACGCUUUGCUUAUUUCUUCUUUUACUUGUCACUCAUUUUUAUUUGUCUUGUCGACUUUUCCACGUGUGUAAAAAGAUUUAAUUAUUUUCUGAUCUUUAUCUUUGGUUUGUUUUUUACUUUCAUGGAAAAUGUUUUCUAUCAUUUAGAUUUUGUGUGGAUCCAUGAAGUCGAGGAAACUGAUGAAGAUCCGCACAAAAACACAUUUAUCAAUAACAGCUGAUCAUUGUUCACAUUCAACAAACUUUAUUAAAAGUCACACACGAGACAUGAUUCAUGUUUAAUCACAUAAAAUCGUUCACAUAUGAAAUAAUCCAACAUAUGAACAUUUGUCUGUUUGAUGUGAUAAAGCCAAAAUGAUUCUGUCUGUAAAAGUGUUUAUUCGACAGCAGCCUAGUGAUGGGAUUUUAAUAUUGUGAUUAAAAUAAUAAAAACUAUU